GUAAAGACAGAAGCUGUCAGCUGAUUUUGGACCAACAAUCUCGCAUUAAACUCGGCCAUUUAACGGUCGUCUCGCCCCGGCGCUCCCACACACCGCUCAUUAGCCUCCGUAGCUAAUCUGCUGCUGCUCCUCAGUUUCUUGCUUAAAGCUGAAGUUAUGGCCGGCCCGUUUGUCCCUGUCCCUUACCCCGUGGAAAGGUGUCCGUCUGUCCCUCACUCCAGACUUGCGUACAGGAGAACCUCCAGCCUGAGCAACCUCUCCGCCAGCUCUGACGCAUCAGCCCAGAACAUAUGGGUGAAGCGGGGGCUGAGGAGGAUAAACAGUUCGGAGAGCGGAGCCAGUAGAGAGAGUCUGCACGACAGGCCACCUGUAGCCACCUUAGUUGGCUAUGAGGUCAUGGAGGAAAGGGCCAAGUUUACGGUCUAUAAGGUAUUGGUGAGGAGGGCGCCGGACGAGAGCUGGGUGAUUUUUAGACGAUACACUGACUUCUCCAGGCUUAAUGACAAGCUCAAAGAGAUCUUCCCCAAAUUCCGACUCGCUCUGCCACCCAAGCGUUGGUUCAAAGACAAUUAUGACUUGAACUUCCUGGAAGAGAGACAGCUGGGCCUGCAGGCUUUCCUCCAGAACCUGGUCGCCCAUAAAGACAUCACUAACAGUGAGGCAGUACGAGGGUUCUUGUGCUUGGAUGACCCACCUGGCCCUUUCGACAGUCUUGAAGAGAGCAGGGCCUUCUGCGAGACCCUAGAGGAGACCAACCAUCGCCUGCAGAGGGAGCUGUUGGACAAACAGAGAGAAAUCGAGUCUUUGAGAAGAAUCCUGGAGGGCCGAGAGCUCCAGAUCAGCAAGCUGGAGAAAACAAAGAAUGGCAUAUUCAGCACCCAGCAUGAGCUCUGCGAACUCCGAGCAGUGAUCAGUGAGAGCAGUGGUGUGAAUGCGGACGCAGACACAGAGCGGGUGCUUGAAGCAGCAGAGCCGGACUGCAUGAGGAGCUCAGACACAAGUUUAGAGAUCCAGUUGCCAAACAGAAGCUAUGGAGCCUGCUGGAGUGGACCAGCUACUGAGAACCAAGACCGUGUCUGUUUCCAAACAUCAGCAGUUCUAGAAGACCAGCUUUAGAUCUUGUGGCCACAUUGAUUGUGUCUUCUAAGAGUUAACCCUUAGAGGUCUGGAUCUGUUUUAGCUGUUUUGCAAUCGGACAAAUCAGCAUCAUGUCACAUAGCAGAGAACUUUCUUUCAGGGGGUGAGAGGGGUGGGGUUAGGGAAUUUUCAGGUGAGCCAAAUCAAACAUCCUUGUGGGCUAACUUUGCCCUGCAGGCCACAUUUUGGACAGCUGUGGUCCCAACCAGUUUAACUUCCUGUAAGAUUACAAAAAUACUAUUUUACAUAUAUCUAUUUUUUUUUCAAAAACAGCAGCUGAGAAAAGGUAAUAAAGAAGUUAUGUUUUUGAAGAUUAACAAUAUCUUCACUUUUUUCUUGGCUCUGAAGUUAGAAGAUUGAAGGGGAAUUCCUCCAGUUUUUCCAAAAUUUCUGUAUAAUUCAGUGGUUGAGAUGUGAAACGCGUCAUUGUAGUGAAACAGACUGUGAUUUUGUUACAGUGGUGCUGAUAGGAACCAGACGUCACAGGGUCUACAACACAAAUAUUUACUAUCUAGAACCAACAGUGAGCCUACACAUUUUUGAUGAUGAUAAAAUAGUGCUAAAUCGGAAAAAUACGUUUUCUUUGGGGUCUGUUUUGCCUCAUGAGGCCCUGAAUGUUCCUCUUCACCAUCAGCAAAUUAAAAAACAUAUAUUUUAGUCCAAAACUUUCUCUCAAAUCUACCGUAAAACAAUGUUGCAGCAUAUUCAAGUAAGAUCUUUCAUCAUUUUCGUGUAAAAAGGAGCUUUUAGAUGCAUUAAACUCUUCAGACGUCUGGUUCCUAUCACCACUGUGAACACCUCUGACUUGGUAUGAUUCUCUAGAACAUUGUUUCACAUUAAACCACUUUUUUUUACUUUUUA